CAGCCAAGGGAUGUUAGACUGUUCCAGACAGUGCUUCCGAGUGUGACUACGUUUGACCUCAUUAGUGUCGGAAGAAAAAAACAUUAAGUGUGAAAUAAGAAUUGGUAUUUUAUGAAAAAGGUCAGAUCAAAGUGUGUGCUAUGAAUACUUUGUAAGAAUUAAUUUUAUUUCGGUAUUGAUUGAACCGCCGCUGUUCACAUCGCUGCCAUAACGAUGGAUUCCUAGAAUCAGGUCAACCGAAAGCGGAAGUGUUUGCAUAGUGUGCGACAUCAUUCUAAAUUGAAAUCGGCGAGUCACACUGGAAUAUAUUUGGAUGGAUGGUUAAAAUUCGAAGCAAGACAAGCAGUUACCAAGAGCAUCAAAUGCAAAUAACUAAAUGUUGAAAACUGGACACCAACAGGUUAUUGCGUUACGCUUUAAAUCAUACAAGUUUCUUCGUUGGAAUAAAAAUAAACUUGAAUUGAGCGAUAUGAAUGUUUUUAUUGAUCAACAAAUGUACGGAAAUGAUACGAUGUAAUAAAUUUCAAACUACAUGCGGAAGAGCUUUCGGAAGAAAAGCGAUUCUAUCAGUUCAAAACGAAGUGCUUUUACGUUAUCGGUAAUUUAAUGAAUAAAUAAGUCAUACCGCUAUGCUUCAGUUGGUGACUAUAUAAUAAAUUUUCAACCACUUAAGACCGAUCAGUUAACUUCAAGCUUGAAUUAUUCAUUUUUCGGAUCUUUGAAGCAUGACAGAGUGUAAUCCGUCGCGUAUUUUCUCAUUCAAUUGCACUAACGUCCCUAGAGGAACUUCGUCGUCUCAACGUAGUACUACUUGUGUCAUUUAUAUUAGUACUUGGUUGAGAUGUCUUAUUCCAAAUAUCAAGCCUUGACUGUAUUCUGAGUGGCAAGUUGGAAUUCUGAACAAUCUCACAAACGUAAAUUUUGAAACGAUCAUUACAACUUCCGAGUAUUUUAGAUUUCCUUCAGAUGAAGAAAAAUCAUUGUUCUAGAUAGAUGGUGUUAGUAAUUUGCAUCGCGUUUUGUAGGUAUGCGAUUGUGUUACACUAGGUAGUGCUUAAAAAAUAGUAAAUACGUAUACUUUGUUUGGUUAGUAUUGUUUGAGAACGCGUCAAAAACGGACACAAACAGAAAAAAAUAUCUCCAUAUUCCUUGAAUAUCGAACAGUGCGCAGUGUGUAUGGCUCUUAUACUGUAAAUGCCAAAAAGUUCGAUGAUUUCGUUCCAGUUUUUUCAUAUGGAACAUUCACUACGAUCUGACCGGCUAGAUGUCAGAAAUGUCGAUAACAUGACGAAAAUCAUCAAAUGCGAUGAUCAUGUAAAACCUGUUUCGACUUCCUAGGGACUAAACAUUGCACAAAAGUCGCUUGAAAACACUUGAUUAAUAUAUGGUUGCACGCGAAAAGGAUCAAAAGUUUUUGUGCCAUUAUCGAAACACCGUUGCAUUUUUAAAAAGUCACUGUUUACACUCCACGGGCCGGUGGAAUCGUUUUUAUCCAAAAUAAAAGCCGGACUGAAAAGAAAAAUUGACCGCUACAGAGUGAAGAUCACCGAGUUUUUUGAACUACAAUUGAAUGGCCCUAAUGAGGAGAAGCGGUGGUUUCAACAGACAGUGCAUCAUGUCACAUCGUGCUUUAUCAGAAGAAACGUUCGGUCAACGAAUUAUUUCUCGUAAUGAACCGGUGAAUUGGUCUUCGAGAACAUUCGAUUCCUCACCGUUGGAUACUUUUGACGUAGGACUACGUCUUUCAUUUCUAUACUGGGGUGUAAGUUCAAUGUUUCGAAAACGAAAGCGUUACGCCGGAGAACGAGAUUUUGAUCGUUAAUAGCUCCUAAAAAACUGAACGAAAUGGUAUGAUAAACACUUCAUUCGAAAGAUAAAAUGUCUACGCGUUAUAUGCUUGUUACUUUUUGAUUCAAAAACAUGUUUCAAUAGCCCUAAAAUUGCUUUCGAAACAGACUAUUGAAAUCACACCAAUCGGUAUAUAAGCGAGUGCCGCUCGGAAAUCCACUCAGUUAUGAUUGCGCAACGAUUGAGGUACGAUCGCUGGAAUGGAUGGAUGUAUCCCUAACAUAGACUUCAAAACCAUGGAGCCAGGGGAAAUCGGCAUUGCAAAAUAGUUGCAAGCUGCGGGUGCUUUUGUGCCUGCUCGCGUUUCUGGAAAUCGGAAUGUUUCCCUAGCACAGACUUCAAAAUCAUGGAGCCUGUGGAAAUUGCCAUAGCAAAUUAGAUCCAACAGUGGGUACUUUUGUACUCGUUUGCGUUUUUGAAAAGUGGAAUGUUUCCCUAACACAGAUAUCAAAACCAUGAAGCCUGAGGAAAUCGACAUUGCAAAACAGAUGCAAGCUUCGAGUACUUAUGUACUCGCUAGCGUUUCUGGAAAACGGAAUGUUUCCCUAACACAGACUUCAAAAUCAAGAAUCCUGGGGAAAUCGGCAUUAUAAAAUAGAUGCAAGCUGCGGGUACUUCUGUACUCGCUUGCGUUUCUGGAAAUCGGAAUGUUUCCCUAACACAAACUUCAAAAUCAUGGAGCCUGUGGACAUCGGCAUUGCAAAUUGGAAUGCGUCCCUAACACAGAUUUCAAAACCGUGGAGCCUGGGGAAAUUGGCAUUGCAAAACAGAAGUAAACUACGGGUAGUUUUGUACUCGCGUGCAUUUUUUGUAAACCGGAAUGUGUUUUCCCAAUACGAUUCGAUUCGAAGUUCGAUUCACAUACAUCAUCUGCGCAGCGGCGAUAUCGUACCCAAUGAGGAACAUCCGAGGUGGGAUUAUUGCUAAUUGAAGAAAUACGAUUUAUUACUAAGCCAACGGCAGUCCUACGUCAACUUUGCGGUUAUAUCAUAGGUAUAACCCAUCCAUAGUUUUUUGUGGAGUUUUAUGAAUUCACUGAUCUACACCGAUAAGCCGUAGACAAUUGACGCAUUGGAAAACAACAAUCGCCGUGUUAUAUCUGGUAUAAGUUCUCCAUUGCCAAGGAUGGAAAACAAGGGAGCAUGAUGUGAUUUACGAUUAAUCGCAAACUGCACAGAUCGCAAUCUGUGCAAACUGCGACUAACUAUUAAUCCUCACCCAUCAUAACCAAAUGAUUUUCCCUUUGUAACUCUGAGUUGACCAAAGCAUUGCUAGACUGAAACUAGUUCGUAUAAUUGAGUUACUCUCCUUCCUCGUUUUGUUUUCAACUCCUAACAAGACUUUGCUCCAUGGGAAUGAGUGUCUCUAUGACGUAAGAUUCUCGCUCUCUCGUCCGGGCGUUCAAUUUUCCUUUCCGAGCGCGUUUACUUCGAUGAAACUGGGUAAAAUAAAAAAUGCGCUACAGCAGAUAGGACGACUUUAAUGUUUCAUGUUUCACAGAGGAUUUCUCAGAUGGUGUUUAAAUUAAUCAAGAGACUACAAUCAAUAAUCCCCCUCAAAUCACUAAUUUUAUGAAUUAAUGUAAAUGCGUUAUUGGCCAAGGCUAUUACGACAUCGAACACGUGGUCUUGCGAGAUAUAUUUUUCCGCCUGCCCAAAUACAGACCACUUUUUUCGGGGCCGAGUAAACUGGUGUCUAGAAAUGACCUUGAUUACCUUGAAUUAAUCAAAAAACAUAAAUUAGCGCAAAUAUGUCAACAUGUGUUUUUUUGUUUAAGCACGUAAAUAUUUGCUCAUAAUUUUUUUGGAUUGUGGCACUCUACAUAAUUUGUAUGCAGAUAGACUAUCCACAGUUUGUGGGGGGAUGGAAUACUCAUACAACUCAAAUGGAUAAUGAUUAUCUGCUAUCACAAAGCUGAGAAAUUUUUUGACGUUUUGUUUUACUAUUGAUUCAUUAAAAAAAAAAAAGCUUUAUUUUUAAAUGUUUUCUUAUCCUGAGACUGGCUCACCAUAUUGCACUGCUACUAAAACCGUAGGCUAACUUCAAGGAUAUUUUUUAUUCAUUUUCGGCGAAUAAUCAAUAGAGUGCCGUGUUAUGAAACAUCAGAAUAAUAGCAAAAACAAUAUUACGAUCAUAAGGUGUUGGACAGGUUAUUCCAGACGACAUUGGAAUAUAUUCCAUCUGACCAUCUUUAGAAAGGUUAAUGACCUUCAAAGGAUAAAUUUAUAUUGGGCACAUUGAAUUGAUGUUCAUGACUUCCAGUCGGACGUUUAUUCGCUCUGAUAGUAAUUGUGUGGUCCUCACAAAGCAUAUAUUCCAAUGCCGUCAGUUCACUGAAAUUAUUCGCAUACCGUUUGAUGAUAAGGUAGGAUGUUGAUAAUCAUUUGCUGCGAUACCUAUUGUUCCAACAGUAUUCAUUCGACAAUAUGAAGACUGAAUACCCGAAAUUAACCAGAUUCAACCAUGCAAAUCUGCGGUCAAAGCAGUAUGUACAUUUGAGAGAUGCAACAAGUUUGAAGGGAUAUAAAAAAACAUUAGUCGUUCGAUAAAUCUACUGCCACAUAUGUCGGAAGUCCACGAUACAUGAAUAUCAUACGUCCAUACUAUUUCAUUACAUUUAUUCGCAACGAAGAACGUAACCACACAGAAUUGAAUUAAUCAAAUAUGUGAUCCGUUUUAUCUACAAAAUAAAAAAGGGUCUGAAAUUCAAUCGAAUUCGAAAGGUGUUUCGUGAAGUCACUAAUUGAAUUACUAUUGGUAAAAUUAUUUGGAGAGAAAUGUGAAUGUUCAGAAUUAUUGGAAUCUAAAACCGAUUUUGGGCGGGAUGAGAUUCGCCCAAAUCUGCUGGUAAUAAAAUUAAUCAAUUGCAUCCAUUACCCGUCUGCAGUUUAUCGGGCGGGAGACGACAGCAAAAUAAAAUCGACACGAGACUGAGUCAGCCACUGACUGCGGUCUGUGCAAUAGAGAAUUAAAAAUCCCUCGAUGAGUGUCGUAAGAUUUCAGUUGAUCGUCUCUUGUUACACUUUCCGAUCAAGAACUCAUCAUCCGCUCUAUGGAAUGGGAUUAAUCGUUUGUGGCUUGCACUCACGAUAAAACUUGAGUAGUAGAAGUAAUGCUUCGAGAGUGCAAGCAGUGGGGAUUCCGCUCUCAUAUUGCUUUUUUGAGAUCUUGGUAGCUCACCGUUCCAAGUAUUCUCUCUGUGUACAUAUGAAGAAUAAAAGAGCCUCGCCUGCUGGGGGUGAUUUAAAAACAUCGGACUAGAGGGAUAUACUUAUUCAUUGAUCGUUGAAUGUGAUUUUUUACCAUCCCUGUCCAUUGCAGCGAAAAAUGAUCAAAAAUUGGAGUUCCUUCGUGCCAGUCGAGAUAACCAUUUGUCGGAAAUCAUAUCCAAAUUGAAACUACCAAGAAUUAUCUCCCGAAUGAAUCCCAAACUCAUGGCAAUUAAAGCAAUUUAUCUGUGACUUAUUUCAAUUCAAAGUUCUAUGUCUCCAUGAAACAUAAUGUAUUAUAUAGUACGGAUCUGAACUAAUCUAAACCUUAUGAAAUGUGGAUCAAAUGGAUUAAUCGAUUGCUUUUGAAAGCUUCUUUUGAAUUGAAUAUCCGCCACAUCACAGAUAGCGCGUACCCCGGUAAACGACAUGGAUUACGUACAACAAUGACGGUAUAAUAUUUUCAUACAUACACGUGUCUUCAGUUUCAACUCGAACGACAUAGAUAAAGAACUUUAACGACUGCGAACUUUGGUGUCCAUGUCCAUACACAACCAUAUAGCAAAUAUCCAGGUCGCAGUCAUUCCUCAUUCCAAUUCAUAAAACACCUCCCGCUCCAAACAAAGCGUUUUCGAUAGAAUCAAAAAUCUAUCCGCCAUGCAUCAAAGCGUGCACACGGCAACUUUUGGAUCAAUAAUAACCAAUCACACUUGCACGUAAUAAACCUAGGAUAUUCAGUGGCUCGAUGGGUGGAUAAUGCAUGUUGAUUCAUGCCACCCUAUUUCUUUACUUGUUCCGUUAGCUUGUUCCCAAUCCAUCGCAGCAACCAACGCCAACUGCUGCAGGUACCGAAGAAUCAUUUUUCACCCACUAGUCCGUAAAUCUGUCACGAGUAAGGGAAAAUUUGUCGCCUGAUUUCUCGAUUGAAGGGUUUUCGAAAUUACAAGUUCAGGAAUUUCACUCUAGUUUCAUUUCGGCCCCGCUGAGAAGCAUAUUCUAUUUAUUCAAGUUCAAAUCAGAUUGACUUUGUUCCUUCAACUGAAAUGGAGAAUGACGAAGCUAGCAAUCUCACAUCUGGAGUCUGCCCAGAACAAAUCAUUGAGAGAGUUGAAGAACCUUGUGCAAGCGUUCCUAUCGCGACAAAUGUUGAUACUAGUGGCUAUUGCAACAACGAUGGCGUACCGUGUGAUUUUGUAACCGCAAGCGUCGGCUGUAAUCCCUGCCCAAUCAGUACCCCAGAUCCGGCAAUGGCGCAAUGCUGUGGUGCCAAUAACGUCCCUUCGAAGCAGAAUUCGCAAGGCAAUAUUCCCCAGCAACAGCAAUGCCACCGCUGCUCUUGUGGACGACCCGACUGUAUGCCUAUGAAAAAAGUGCGCUAUGUACAGCCGUCGAAAAGACAGUCCUGCAAACCCAUAUCAUGCUACAAGCCGCCGGAAGUAGAAUUUCAAGGUGAUUCCGUGUACAAAACAUCGUAUAAUACCGACCCUGCCUCAAUCGCGGGCAAUGCGCGACCACUGCCAAUACCACCACGAAACAAUCUGUCGAUGGCCCCGGGAUGUUUGGAGAAAAAUACCGUCACGUCGUUAUCCUACCCUUGUUACAAUAACGUUGAACGCCAAAAGCCCAUCCUGCCCACGGGCAACCAAAUGAUGGGUUCGGGUCCAAUUCAAGAAGUUACCACAAGUCGACAUGAUUAUGUUGCGAAAACCACACCAAAACGGUACAAAAUUAUUCCCGAAGGUCACAUUCGCAGCGUCAGUGCACCGUUCGAAAAGCAAACUGUCAAUCAGCUCUCGUAUAGUUGUCCUGAUAUGGCACACUUCACACCGGCCCACUCGUGUAAGCCAAUCCGCGCGUACACGAGAUCUGAAGUGCCAAUGGAAUCGGAGACCACACAAAAACUUAGCUAUCCUCCAGUGUGUCCAGCACCUAAGGAGGAUUACCCGUGGGCACGACGAGCCGGCUAUCAACCACCAGCUAUUUCGAUGGAAAACGACACAACGUACAAGAAAAGUUUCAUGCCGAAUUGUGCGACAGAACGAGCGAAGAAGAUUCCUCCCUUCAAUAACUUGCAUGUACCUGCUGAUUCUGGGUUCGAAUCAAAGACAGUCUACAAGGAAAGUUAUCAUAGUUCCAGUGGCGAACGACCGCCAGCUAUUCGUCCUGUGGAGCAGUUACGAAUACCAUGCCAGAAACUGGAAGAUGACACCGUUUACAAGCUCUCUUAUCCUACGUAUUGCAACGCCGAUCGUCCUUCGCCAAUCCUUCCCAGACCUGCAUCGCUAAUAGGCGAUGGACCAAUUCAGGAGGUGACAACCACAAGACAUGACUUUGUCUGCAAGAGCGCGUCGAAACGGCAUCCUAUUGUACCACAGAACUUGCUACACAUCCCCAGCGCCAAACUAGAAAGCGACACAAUUAACAGGCUUUCAUACCCAGCGAACAAGGAGAACAUAAUGCCACCAAAGUCCUGCAAACCUAUUUUGUCCUAUAAACGUCCCGAGUUACCAAUGGAUAGCGAAACAACCCAAAAGAUGAGUUACAUGCCGGUUUGUCCGCCACCGAAGGAGAACUACCCGUGGGCUGAACGGGCACGUUAUCAGCCACCAACACUGCCAAUGCAAACCGAGACAACCUCCGCGCUGAGUUAUCCCCCACCGGGUGAAUAUGUUGACGAAACCUGCUGGUCAGCCAGUGCUGGACCGUGCUGCCAGUCGUGCGAACCAACCGCAGUAAAUUGUUGUGCGAACUUGAAACCUGAACGAUACUGCUAUCCACGGGCUGCAAUAAUGACCUAGUGACCAACAAAAGCAGAAGUUGAGAGUGGAAACAGUACACUUCAUUGUAAAUACUAGGAUGAAAACUAUAUGAACGCAACAAAACAAAUUUCUCUACCAUAGUAAGUGGGAGGGGAAGUUCUGCGUACACGUUAGUCAUAUUUAUUGUUUCUUUUAUAAAUCUUGUAGUUUAUAUGUAACGUUAUCAUUCGAGAUCCGAACAAAAAUUUCCUACUAUGUG